AUGGAUGAUGACUUGGAAGAGGAAAAUGAAGAGACUUAUGGACCUAUCCGACGAGCAGGUCAGUCUUCUCAGAACGGCAUCGUCUUCCAACCAGCAGAAGUUGAGGACGUGAUCGUGGAGACUAUCGAUGAAGAUGUUAAAGCGGAGGCUGACGCUGACAUGCCGUACAGCAAGCCCCAGUUUCCCGCUUUGACACCGAAGGAGCAAGGGAUAAAGAAGCAGAUGCGGCGGAUUGCAGUGCCUGCGCACAGGUUAACACCGCUCAAAGCUGCUUGGGUUCAGCUGAUUGAGCCAAUUGUGGAGCACAUGAAGCUGCAGGUCAGGAUGAAUACCAAGAGAAGAGCAGUGGAGAUUCGAAACUCUGAGCACACGCCUGACAUUGGCUACCUUCAGAAGGCUUCGGACUACAUGAAGGCGUUUAUGUUGGGCUUUGACCAACCAGAUGCAGUAGCUCUCCUCCGAUUGGAUGACCUCUUUAUCCAGUCGUUUGAGGUGAAGGAUGUGAAAAGACUGCAGGGGGAUCACUUAUCCCGAUGCAUUGGUCGGAUCGCUGGCAAGGAUGGAAAGACGAAGUAUGCCAUAGAGAAUGCAACCCGAACAAGAAUCUCAUUGUGCGAGGACAAGAUCCACAUUCUUGGCUCGUUUGCCAACAUCAAGCUUGCCCGAGACUCUAUUUGUAGCCUUAUCUUGGGCAGCGCUCCUGGCAAAGUGUACACCAAGCUGCGAACCGUGUCAAAACGUCUGCAGGGGCUGAUCGAAGAUGACCUGGGAAUACGUGCUUGUAUUCACCCUCGGGUAGCUCUGCGAAUGGCAGUGGAUCCUGUUGCAGGUCAAUUUUUUCAGCGACAUCAGGCUUCAGAUCCCGCCAACUCUAUCUGCUGUGACUGCGAAGGCCGCAAGGCCGAGUGGGCAUCCGUCUCCCAUGGGACCUACAUUAGCAUAGAGGCCUCUGGAAUUCACCGCUCCUUGGGAGUAAAGACAAGCUUUGUGCUAUCCACAACCCUAGACUCCUGGAAAGGAGUCCACCUGAGAAUGAUGGAGCUAGGUGGCAACCGGCGUUUUCAAGAAUUCAUGCGCCAGCAUGUGCCAGAGGAUAUGCCGUUGAGGAAGAAGUAUUUGACGCGUGCGGCAGAGUGGUAUCGUCAAAACCUCAAAGCGGAAGCCGAAGGUUCCACUCCACCUGCGCCCAUAGAGCCCGGCACCGGUCACUGGCCCAUUGAAGGUACCAGCAGUCAGGAGGAAAUACUUGACCGCGUCUUUGCUGCCGCCCCUGGCUGCAACUCUAUGACUUCUGGUGGUAUCUCUCGAUCUACGGAAGGCUUGCCCAGGUCAAUAUCAAUGUCCCGAACGUUGGAUGGCAGAUCUGUUGCAGAGAUUGUGAAUAGACCCAAAUCCGUUAAGCCAGCCUUCUGGCCGUGGCGUAAGGCUGGCUGCGUUGCGCAGAGACUGAAGAAGCUCUCAACCGGAAAGAUGGACGGUUUCGGCUUUGACCCCAGUGCAUCCCAACGCGCUGUCGGUGCUCUGCGGGCUGGUUGCUGA